UCUUCCAGAGAUAAUGCAAUUGGAUUCAUUGGGAUUGGAUUGAUGGGAUUUAGAAUGGUCAAUAAUUUAUACAAAAAAGCGAAUUCUCCAAUCGUUAUUUAUGAUGUAAAUAAAUCAUCCGUAGAUAAAUUCACCUCACUUCAUUCAGCAUCCCUUGCCCAGCAAUCGAUUCAAUGUGCCGGAUCACCUGCCGAUGUCGCCAAAAAGGCUUCAACCGUGAUCACCAUGUUACCCGAUUCACCCCAUGUAAAGGAAGUAUACUUAGGUGAUGAUGGAUUGAUAAACGGAUUGGAUGGGUCAAGCUUUUUUAUUGACUCUAGUACAAUAGAUCCGAGUGUCUCAAAAGAUGUGGCUCAACAGAUCAUCAGUAAAGGUGCAAGGCAGAUUGAUGCACCUGUAUCCGGAGGAGUCGUUGGUGCAGAGGCUGCGACCUUAACUUUUAUGGUUGGUGCAUCUUCAGAGGAGGAUUUUAUCAAGGCCAAGCCCUAUUUAAGUCACAUGGGCAAAAAUAUUGUUCAUUGUGGUGACCUUGGGGCAGGUCAGGUCGCAAAAAUUUGCAAUAACAUGUUGUUGGCCAUAUCCAUGAUCGGAGUAUCAGAAACAAUGAAUCUUGGAGUGCAGCUGGGUUUGGAUCCAAAGUUAUUGGCGAACAUACUAAAUACCUCAUCGGGAAGAUGUUGGUCGAGUGAUACCUACAAUCCAUGCCCUGGUGUGAUGCCAAAUGUACCAUCAAACAACGAUUACGAAGGUGGAUUUGGAAAUGCAUUGAUAGCGAAAGAUCUGAGAUUGGCAACUAAUGCAGCUAAGGAUACUCAGUCCACUAUUAUUCUGGGUACUCUAGCACAACAAAUUUAUAACAUCUUGUCAAAGUCCCCGGAAUAUAAGAAGAAGGAUUUUAGUUCCAUCUAUAAGUGGUUAAGCGAGCAACAUAACGUUUAG